CGAUCGCCGAGCAGCAGGGUUGGCCGCGCUACUUAGUCGGCAGCUUUGCAGGAGGCCGCAGCGAAGCCUGAGCGGGAACUAUGUUUCGAAACCAGUAUGACAAUGAUGUCACUGUUUGGAGCCCACAGGGCAGGAUUCAUCAAAUUGAAUACGCAAUGGAAGCUGUUAAACAAGGUUCAGCCACUGUUGGUCUGAAAUCAAAAACCCACGCAGUGCUAGUUGCAUUGAAGAGGGCACAGUCCGAGCUUGCAGCUCAUCAGAAAAAAAUUCUCCAUGUUGACAACCAUAUUGGUAUUUCAAUUGCGGGGCUGACUGCUGAUGCUAGACUAUUGUGUAAUUUCAUGCGCCAGGAGUGUUUGGAUUCGAGAUUUGUAUUUGACAGACCUCUUCCUGUGUCUCGUCUUGUGUCGCUAAUUGGAAGCAAAACCCAGAUACCAACUCAACGAUAUGGUCGGAGGCCUUAUGGUGUGGGGCUGCUCAUUGCUGGUUAUGAUGAUAUGGGCCCUCACAUUUUCCAAACCUGUCCGUCGGCCAACUAUUUUGACUGUAGAGCCAUGUCCAUCGGUGCUCGCUCGCAGUCAGCUCGGACUUACCUGGAGAGACGGAUGUCUGAGUUCAUGGAAUGCAAUUUGAAUGAACUGGUUAAGCAUGGUCUGCGUGCCCUAAGAGAGACACUUCCUGCAGAGCAGGACCUAACAACAAAGAAUGUCUCCAUUGGAAUUGUUGGCAAAGACUUGGAGUUUACAAUCUAUGAUGACGAUGAUGUUUCUCCCUUCCUGGAAGGUCUUGAAGAACGACCACAGAGAAAGGCCCAGCCUGCUCAGCCUUCUGAUGAACCUGCAGAAAAGGCUGAUGAGCCGAUGGAGCACUAGUGGUCCAUGAAUUCGGCUACGUGGAGUCAAAUAGCAAGAAUGCAGGGACAAGGAGCUGAACAACAGUAACCUGUACUCCAAGAACCAAAAGAUGCCGAGUGGUAGAGUACUUCUUUUAGGAAUCAGUCCAGAUGUGAUUUUUCCCCCCCCAAACCAACCUAAUUGAAACCAUAUAAUGGGUUUUUUGUUUUUUUCUUGAAAAGGUCUAUAUAAUUAUUUUCUAGGAAGUAUAGGGUAUCUAUACUACUGUUUUUAUAUAAAGAACACAGUGUCUUUGUGGUUUUAAAGACAACUGAAUUAAAAUUGUUUCACCAUCUGG